CGAACAGACCUCGUGUGUGUAUCAUUCUAAUAUAGGAGUAUUUCUGUAAAUAUUCCUGCAAGAGAAAAAAAAGGAAUAAUAUUAAAUUUUAUUAGAAAAAUGAUGAGUACAAUGAUGUUACUUAGAACUACGCGAAACAAUGAGUUCGCGAUGGCAUUUUGCACAUGUUAUAAAAAAUACUGUACUGCGGGGGAUGAAUAUACGAAAAACCUGGUCCAUCCGUAUCGUCGAAUCCAUCCAUGGAAAUCGGAAAACGAAUUUGUAAAUGAUUUGUUAAAGAAUGUUAUUUACAAUGCAGAUGGAAUUGUUGCAAUAAACAAACCAUAUGGUAUACCUAUACAUAAUAAAAGAUUAUAUGAUGAGUCCUCAUCAAAAAUCUGUCACAAGAUUGUAAAUCCAGUUAAUUAUUCUGUACAUGAUGUUUUGCCACAUCUUGCAAAGGAAUUAGAUGUACCAGCCUUAAUACCAUCCAUGGGAUCGGAAAAAUAUAUGACUGGCAUCUAUAUUUUUGGAAUUAAUGACAAUGUAUGCCAGCAGCUAGAAAAAGCGAGAAGACGAUUUCACACUCAUAAAUUUAGAAAAUACUGGGCAAUUACGACUAGAGUUUCAAACGAGAUCAAAGGAAACUAUAAUUUGGCAAUGAUUUUACAAAAAUCUUCAUUAGGAAUUAAAAAGCCUAUUAUCAUAACAAAAUGGUCUAACAAUGCUGUAAAAAAGGACGAAGUUCAAAUAUUAAAUAUAAAUUAUAAAGUUAUAUCCAAUUCAACACACAAUUUAAGUUCCUUAAUAGAAAUAGAAGCAUCUACAAGAAAAUGGCACUCGAUUAGAUUAUUUGCUUCUACUAUGCUGUAUAGUCCAAUUCUUGGAGAUAAUUAUCACGGUUCACGAGUUCAAAAUAUUAUGGGUACAUGGAUAAAAGUCAAUCCAUUUGCAGAAUCUUGUUGGGAUAUGCCACAUAUAAGUAAAGAACUGCUCCAAUUGCUAGAUAUAAAGAAAAAUCAGCAAGAAAUUAUUCCAGCUCAUAUCCAUUUGAGAAAUAUACACUUAAUAUCUUUUGGCAAAGAGAAAAAAGAUAUAUCUUUAGAAGCACCUUUAAUACAUCCUUUUGAUUGGACUUGCAGACAACUCAUGUUUAAGAACAUACCUGAAUUAAACAAUGACAAUAUGGAAGAUGAGAUUCAAAUAAUUGGAUGAUUAUUAUGAUUAAUGACUUAAUACAUGUUUGCCUUUUAAAAUUCUUCUUUGGAGAAUUUUCCUUCCGUUUGGUGUCGCCAGUCUUGCAAGCCAACCAUGUUUCUUAAUGCGCUUACGUUCAUUAGGUUGAGGAAAGUGAUACCUCAUUCUAUUUCUAACGAGUGUCAAACUCCA